UUGAGUGCGCGCCAGGCGCGGCGAGCGAUGGAGCGCGGGGCCGUGCGGGCCAUGGCGGUCCGGCUGGGCCUGGCCGAGCCCGCUCUGCUCAGAAAAGCUGAGGAGUAUCUGCGGCUGUCCCAGGUGAAGUGCACGGGGUUAAUGGCUCAGAUGACGGCGACGAGCAGUGCUGUGAUGUGCCUGGACCUGGCGGCGAGUUUCAUGAAACAACCGGUUGACAAAAGCUAUUGUGUCAAACUCUCUGGUUUGAACAAGACCACCUACCAGAGCUCCAUGAAGUCUUUGGAGUGUUUGCUAGGGGUGAACCAAAGGCUGGGGAUGCGAGACUUGGCUGUGCAGUUCUGCUGCUCAGAGGCAGUGAACAUGGCUUCAGAGAUCCUGCAGAGGUAUGAGUGCAGCCUCUCGGAAGCACAGCGAGUGGACCUGGAUUUCUCCAAACCCCUGUUCCUAACAGCUGCUCUGUGCACUGCAUGCAGGUGUUUGAAGCUAAAAGUGGACAAAACUAAAAUGGUGGCUACAUCUGGAGUGAAAAAAGCAAUAUUUGACCGGCUGUGCAAUCAGCUGGAGAAGAUAAGCCAGCAGCUCAGCAAAGCUGUUCCACUGGCUGCAGAGACACCUGACAGCUUGCAGAGCACCCUGGAGCAGUGUGAGCAGGAAGAUGGCUCUGAAGAGGAUGAGGAACUGCCAUGUAAACAGCCAAAGACUGAAACUAAUCAGGACUAUGAGGAAUGGAAAAAGAAAAUCCUGGAAAACGCUGCUAAGGCACAAGAAAGAAGGAGUACUGACUCUGUAAUGCCACCCAGUAAUGUAACUGCUGCUUGCUCUUGAUUUUAACUCUCCCUCUGCUCCAACAAGAGAUCCAGUAGCGUGUGCAUGAUGGCUGCCUGGCAGACAGCUGAUUUUAUUUAGGUUUUAAGUAUUUAAGAAUGUUAUUUUUAAUAAAUGACACCAUGGAGUGGUGGGAUUUUACAGGAAGUGUGUGUGACUGCUCACAGGCUGUGGCAUUAGGGGUAGAAUAGCUUCAUUCUCUUGCUGCAAGAAGUAGAUAAGAUGCUACUUCAAGUGUAAAUAAGUUCUAAGUUACAGGCCCUUGGGCCCCUGGCUGGAAGCAGUCAGUGAAAUAAGAAGAAGGGGACUAACAGUGCCUUGUUAAACUGCAAAGCCAGCAGAGAAAUAAAGCCUUAUUUUUUUGUUUUGGGUUUUUUUUUUUAAAUAAAUAUUGUUUAGUCAAUGAACUUGACUUACCUUCUUGUGUAUAGGAAUGAAAUCUCUUGUGCUUUUUUAAGGGGUCCCAAAUAUUCCAAGAAGCAAUAAAAAUACUGGAAAGAAAA